AUGAAGAAACAGAACCAGAGCAUGAUCACUGAGUUCAUCCUUAUAGGCUUCUCAAACCUGGAGGAUCUACAGAUCCUCCUCUUCUUUAUCUUUCUGCUGGUCUACCUGACCACUGUGAUGGCCAAUGUCACCAUCAUGACCGUCAUUCGUCUUGACCAAGCUCUGCACACCCCCAUGUACUUCUUUCUCUUUGUCCUCUCCUGCUCUGAAACCUGCUACACCUUGGUCAUUAUACCAAAAAUGCUGGUCAACCUGCUUUCCACAAAUCCAACAAUUUCUUUUGCCGGGUGUGCUACCCAGCUCUAUUUCUUUGUGGGCUUAGCUUGUACCAACUGUUUUCUAAUUGCUGUUAUGGGUUACGACCGCUAUGUUGCCAUCUGCAACCCUCUCAACUACACACUCAUCGUCAGCCAAACCACCUGUAUAGUACUGGUUCUGGCCUCUAGCUUCUGUGGUUUCCUGAUCUCUGUUGUUGUCAAUGUCCUGGUGUUCAAUGUACCUUUCUGUGCCUCCAAUCGGAUCAACCACUUUUUCUGUGACAUUUCCCCUGUCAUAAAACUGGGCUGCACAAACACCAACUUGAAGGAGAUGGUCAUCUUUUUCCUCAGUAUUCUGGUACUGAUGGUCCCCUUUGUGUUGAUCUUCAUCUCCUAUGUCUUCAUUGUUUCCACCAUCCUCAAAAUCUCCUCAGCAGAGGGACAGCGUAAGGCCUUCGCCACCUGCGCCUCCCACCUCACUGUGGUCAUUGUCCACUAUGGCUGUGCCUCCUUCAUCUACUUGAGGCCCACAUCCCUGUAUGCCUCAGAUAAGGACCUGCUUGUUGCAGUCACCUAUACCGUGAUCACCCCAUUACUCAACCCCCUGGUCUAUACUCUGAGAAAUAAAGAAGUCAAGAUGGCUCUGAGGAAGGUUCUCAGUAGGUACUCAUUUCCCAAAACUGUAUGA